CUCGCUUUCCCACAACCGGAGAGGUUUUUUUUUCCUGCAGCAGUCCGAGCAGAAGCAGCGCAUCGUGGCGCCUGACGGGACAACGGGGAAAACUUCAAAGACAAAUCUCAGAGAAAGGGAGCAAAAGGGAUAAGGAUUGAAGGACAUAAAGAAUAAGAAUAAGAAUAAUAAUUAGAGAAAGAAAGAAAGUGGCGGAUAACAAGCCGACCUCGAGAAGGUGCACGCGCGGCGCUGGUGACUUUCUUGACGCGGAGGAAUUUAUUAUCGGUACAGGGAUCGAGCGCGUUGUGCUUGUGCUCGUGCGCCCGUGCAUGUGCAUGUGCAUGUGCACACCGGAGCGGAGGAAGUGCGUCUCUGUGCGAGCCGAGUUUCGGCUGAAGUUUGAGCGGAGAGCAGAGCAUAAGAGAGGACAGGAGAGGACAGGAGAGGCGGCACAAUGCGGAGACGGAGCUCCACUUUCACCGCCGCCGCCUGCGUUCAUCUCCUGAUACACUGCUUCUGCAUGAAGCUGUGUGAAGCAUCAGGCCACUUUGAGUUGCGUGUGCUGUCAGUCAGGAACAUCAACGGGGAGCUGCAGAGCGGCUCGUGCUGCGACGGCACACGAAACACAGCGGACAACAACAGAUGCACGCGGGACGAGUGUGACACGUAUUUCCGCCUGUGCCUUAAGGAGUACCAGUCCAGGGUGACCCCCGGUGGGCCGUGCAGUUUUGGCAGUGGAUCUACUCCGGUGAUCGGUGGGAACGUUGUGUCACCCAAGAGCUUGGCGGAAAACGACAAGGCUCGCAUCGUGCUGUCUUUCAGCUUCGCCUGGCCGAGGUCAUACACACUGAUCGUGGAGGCCUUGGACUUCAACAACGACUCAAGCACUGGCAGUAGCAGUGGCCAGGUGAUCGAGAGGGCCAUGCAGUCGGGGAUGAUCAACCCGAGCCGACAGUGGCAGACCCUGAAACACAACGGUGCCGUGGCCCAGUUCGAGUAUCAGAUCCGUGUCACUUGCGACGACCACUACUACGGCUUCGGCUGCAACAAAUUCUGCCGGCCGCGAGACGACUUCUUCGGCCACUAUAACUGUGACCACAAUGGCAACAAGACGUGCUUGGAGGGCUGGGCUAGCCCCGAAUGCAGCACCGCGAUCUGUAAGCAAGGCUGUAGCACUAAACAUGGAUCCUGUAAGGCGCCUGGCGAGUGCAGGUGUUUGUAUGGGUGGCAGGGGGAGUACUGUGAUCAGUGUAUCCCACACCCCGGCUGUGUGCAUGGUACCUGUGAGGAACCCUGGCAGUGUCUCUGUGACACCAACUGGGGAGGACAGCUCUGUGACAAAGACUUAAACACGUGUGGCACGCGGCAGCCGUGUCUGAACGGAGGCACAUGCAGUAAUACGGGACCAGACAAGUAUCACUGCGCCUGUCCUGAGGGUUACUCUGGCCAGAACUGCGAGAGAGCGGAUAACGCCUGUCUGUCGGAGCCGUGUCUGAACGGGGGACGCUGUAUGGAGAGCAGCCAGGGCUUUGAGUGCCAGUGUGCUCCGGGGUGGACCGGUCCGACCUGCGCCAUCAACAAAGACGAUUGCAGUCCUAACCUGUGUAAUCACGGAGGGACUUGUGUGGACCUCGUCAAUGGCUUCAAGUGCAUCUGUCCUGCGCAGUGGAUCGGCAAAACCUGUCUCAUUGAUGCUGACGAGUGUGCUGAGAACCCGUGUGUGAACGCCCACGUAUGCCGAAACCUGAUUGGAGGAUACUUCUGUGAGUGCCUCCCUGGUUGGACAGGACCAAAUUGUGACAUCAAUGUUAACGACUGCCAAGGGCAGUGUCUGAACGGAGGAUCUUGUAAGGACCUGGUAAAUGGGUACAAGUGUGUGUGUGCACCGGGAUUCACAGGCGAUCAUUGUGAGAAAGAUAUCGACGAGUGUGCCAGUCAGCCCUGUCUGAACAAGGGCCAGUGCCGCGAUGACGUCAACGGCUUCCAGUGCCUGUGCCUGCCUGGUUUCUCUGGAAACCUUUGCCAGUUGGAUAUUGACUACUGCGAGGGAAAUCCGUGUCAGAACGGCGCGCCGUGUUUUAACCUGGCGACGGAUUAUUACUGUAAAUGUCCUGAGGAUUACGAGGGCAAGAACUGCUCCCAUCUCAAAGACCACUGUCGCACCACGCCCUGCGAAGUGAUUGACAGCUGUACGGUCGCUGUGGUUUCGAACAGCACCCCGGGAAACGUGCGCUACAUCUCGUCCAACGUGUGCGGCCCACACGGUCAGUGCCGUAGCCUAGCCGGCGGCCAUUUCAGCUGCGAGUGCCAGGAGGGUUUCACUGGAACCUACUGUCAUGAGAACAUUAAUGACUGUGAGAGCAGCCCGUGCCGUAACGGAGGGACGUGUAUCGAUAAAGUGAACGUUUACCAGUGUAUCUGCGCUGACGGCUGGGAGGGACCCGACUGCAAAACUAAUAUUGAUGACUGCAGCACAAACCCGUGCCACGAUCGCGGCGUGUGUCGCGACCUGGUUAACGACUUCUACUGCGAGUGCAAAAACGGCUGGAAGGGCAAGACCUGUCACUCACGUGAGAGCCAGUGCGACGAGACGACGUGUAACAAUGGCGGUACGUGCUACGAUGAAGGAGACUCCUUCAAAUGCAUGUGUGCCUCUGGCUGGGAGGGGACGAGCUGUAAUAUCGCGAAAAACAGCAGCUGCCUUCCCAACCCGUGCGAGAAUGGCGCUACCUGCGUUGUCAGUGGCGACCGCUUCACCUGCGUGUGCAAGGAAGGCUGGGAGGGACUCACCUGCAGCCAGAACUCGAAUGACUGCAACCCACACCCAUGCUACAACAGCGGGACAUGUGUGGACGGGGAUAACUGGUACCGGUGCGAGUGUGCCGCGGGCUUCGCCGGACCCGACUGUCGCAUCAACAUUAACGAGUGUCAGUCGUCUCCGUGUGCGUUCGGCGCGACGUGUGUGGACGAGAUUAACGGCUACCGCUGCUUGUGUCCAACCGGGAGAACCGGAGCGAGGUGUCAGGAAGUAAACAGACUUCCCUGCAUGGACAGCGGCCGGAUCGUAGCCGACGGGGCGAGAUGGGACAAGGACUGUAACACCUGCUACUGUCACAACAGCAGAAUCACCUGCACAAAGUUGUUGUGUGGUCCGAGGCCGUGUCGUCUGGUCGGAGCUGGGCGAGGAGAUUGUCCAGCGGGUCAGUCGUGUGUCCCGGUGCAAGAGGACCGCUGCUUCGUGCGGCCGUGCCCCACGCAAGGCGAGUGCUGGUCAGGUCAAACGACACCCAUCCAGUCCCGGUGCCCCCCAGAGAGCGACUGUGCCAACGUCACUUUCACGUUCACGAAGGAUAUCAUGCCACAGGGCGUGACGGUGGAGCAGGUGUGCAGAGAGCUGCGCAGUCUCUACGUGGUGAAGAAUCUCUCCUCCGAGUUCUCCAUCUCCAUCACAUGUGAACCUUCCACCACGGCCAGCAGUGAAAUACACGUAGCCAUUCAGGUUUCUGAUGACAGCGGCAGCAGCCACGCUCCAGUUAAAGGGAUCACGGACAGGAUCAUCGACGUGGUGAGCAAACGCAGCGCUAACGGUACCAUCCUCACUGCCAUCGCGGAGGUACGCGUCCAGCACAGGCCCCCCGGCAGCUCCAACGAUUACCUGGUGCCAGUGCUGGUUUCCGUGGCAACAGUGAUCUGGGCGUUGGCGUUGGCGUGGACAGCAUUGUGGUGUGUACGACGACGUCGCAAGCAAAACGCGAGCGCCACGGCAACCGGGUACACCUCCGCGCCGUCAGCCGCACCGACUGCCGAGGACAACAAUGCGGCCAACAACGCACGCGAGAAUCUGCACCAGAUCAAAAACCGCAUCGAGAAAAAUGCCGUCAGCGCCAAGAUCGGACAACAGAAACUCCCGCCUCAGGAGACGGCGGUGCCCGAGGACGACCCGGACACCGAAAAACGUCUCCACAAAGCACGGUUUCCGCGGCGACCAGUGUACGCUCCAGUGGAGUGCGACGAGCGGCCAGGCAGCCUGCACGGAAAACGAGCUCACUGGACUAACAAACGUGACAACAGAGACUUGGAGUCCCAGAACAGCUUGCACAGAAUGGAGUAUAUCGUAUAGCGGCUGCAAGGAAACGGCGGUGGGCUAGGCAACAGUCACCGUGACAACCGUUACGGCUGCACCCAGAGGUGAAGGACGGACGGAAAAACAAUAGAGUCAGCACCGAAAUUUUCUGGCUCACCUUCGAGCAGGAGACUCGGUCUGUGUUACGGGAAAUUGGACCGUUUUGUUUCAAAAUGGCGAAGAAGGAGAAAACAAGGAAAAGUCCCCACAGCAAAAUUUACGGCAUAGACACACUGACUAAUUGGGUCAGAUCGAGGUUGUUGUGGGUUGGCUAGUUUUCCGGUUUUCCCCCCGGUUCAAAAAAAAAAAAAAGAAAAGAAAAAAAAAACAAAACAAAACGCCGCCUUCUUGGGUACUUUACGUAGUGAUGAAUUAUGAACACGCGAUUUUUUUGGCAUCGCGGAUAAAUUCAAAUUCCUUGGUGUGCAGCAGAAUUUCGAAGGCACACGGAUUUGCACUCAGCAAGCAUACGUCAGUGUUUUUUUUUUUUUUUUUUUUCCUUUGGGAUCAUUUCACAGAGAUGGAGGGUUUAUACCUGAUUCAUCAGAGCAAAAAGCCCUGUGUGUCAGAACGGAGGUGCUGAUAGAAGUAAAGCUGAUCUCAGACCAGGUUUGCUGUUUCACCGGUAAUAGUGGAGAUUAAAGGAACUCUCUGAAGUUUUUCGACGUUAUCUCAAUCAAUCAUGUGUGAUGCUACAGACGAGAAUCUCUACAUGUGUCCGUGUACUGAGAACCUCCAGGCUCACUUAUAAUGGAAGUCUAAGGGCAGUUGUUGAAUUUCCAUCUGUAAACAUUUACAUGAAAUAUGUAUUUUUGUAAAACGCUUUCAUGAUUUCUUCAAUCGAAGGUGUUUGUAAUCUGAGCUUUAAAUCUGUGUAAUUUGUCUUUUCUUGUGUCGUCUUAUGUGUAAUGGCUCACAUUGUUUCUUGAGUUUAACAGCUGCCCUUAGACUUGCAUUAGAAGUGAGUUUGGAGGAAACUGGAUUUCUGUUGUCUUCUCAUUGCAGGGAAACGCGUUGAAAUUCUUCUCUACAGAUACAGUGAAUAGAAAUGAGGUUGAAAAACGCCGGGUUGUUCUUUUAAUGUUUAGAUUACGAAUUAAAAUCCUGGAUCUGACGCUAGGGGUGGGCCAAUUAUCCAAAAAAAAAAAAAAAAAAAUCUAACAUUGUGAUACUUGAAGACAGUUUCACAAAAUGUCUGACAAAAUUUCAUUUCAAGGAAUGACAAGGCAAAUUAAACAAACCGAGGAAAUAAAAAAACAGAUGAACUUCCAGUCAGCUGCUCAUUUCACGGUAUAUAAAAACACUGACGAUACUCUAAGUGUAUUGUGAUCAUUGUAUCUUAUCAUCAUAUCACAUCGCCCACCCCUGAAUGAAACCCGCAUUAAACAUUCUGUUAGCCCGAAGUUUCCUGCUACACCACACCACAACAACCACAACAACCAAAACUUCAUUAUUAUUAUUACGAUUACUAUUAUUAUUAUUAUUUAUUGUCAUUUUUAUUGUUUUGUUUUGCAGGCGGCAGGUCAAACUUCAGUCCCUUGCAAUAUGAAGAAUUUAAUUUGUCGACUUUACUAUGACAUCAAUGUUGUGUAGAUUUUUUUUUUGUAUGUACAUAUUUUUUAAUUAAUCAUUGUGUAUAUUUGAUUUAUUAACUUAAUAUUCGAGAGCCUAUCAUUCCUUUUUUUUUUUUUUUUUUAUUUAUGUGCUUCAUUUAGAUUCGAAGGUUCGACAGCUUUGUAAGCUUUCUACUUCCUUAUUUUUGACAGAAAACAUUUGUUUCACACAAAAAAACAUUUUGUAAAAAAAAAAAAAAUAUGCCAAAAGUGUUCUUGAAAGAAUAGUUUUAUUUUUUAUUCUAACUGUAUGAAAUGAGAUGCGCUGUACAAAGUUUUGUUUAAGAAAAAAAAAAAAAAAAAAGAAACACAUUUAUAGUUCGACGGUUUGGUCAGGAUUAUUUCUGGAACGUUCUGAAGUGGCGAUGGAGAAAGAUGGAAAAGAAAGAAACGUGACUUAACGCGUCUUACAACAAAGACAAACAUAAGUGAAUAGACAUUUCUGCAGUGGUGUAUUUCUAUAUUCUGUCAUAAAUCAACCUAGAAUGUUCUGUCACCGUGUUAAUGUAACCAACACUUCCCGUAGCAGUAUUUCUGUAGUGAGGUGAAAUUAAAGCUCAUAGCCAGCAGUUUGUUUAUCCCAAACGACUGAGGAAACGAGAAGAAGAGCGUAAAAUUCAAAGAGCUUCACUUUCCUGGAAAAGUCAAAACUCUAUAUGAUUUGUCCAAUCGUCGUGUUUUUGUAAAGUGUCGUUAUUUUCUUAAUAAUUUUAGGACAGAAAAAAGGGCAGGUCCGUCAAAGUGAACUCUUUCCUCUGAGUGAUGCUGGCCAGCAUUGACAUCGUACACUUUCUUUAGGCCUCUCUGAACAAAAAACGAGACAAGUUUCGGUUUUACAUGAGUGUUAAACUUGAGAACUUUUCCUAUUUUUUUGCAAGGAGUCUUGUCUUUUUUGUGUCAUUUGAAAGUAAUAUUUAUUAAAUUCUUUGUAAGAAACAAUGUG